GCCCGCUCCGCCCGCCCGGAGCCCGGGGAGAGCCCGGCCCUGAGCCCGCAGCGCCGCCGCGAGAGGAGCAGAGCGGCCCCCGCGGAAAAGCCCUGAGGGAGGCAGGAGCCGGCUGCGAGGAGGAGGAGGAGGAGGGGGAGGAAGCGAGGGAAGGAGCCGCGGGAAAACAGGACAGGGAAGAGCUCGGAGCGGAGCCCGGGAGCGGCCGGAGCGCGCCGGAGGGGACACCCCCGCUGACCACCCGCAGCCAACGCCGGACCUGCCACCCCUCCUUGGGGACACCGAGCCGCGCGUCCCCAUCCCGCUGGAAUUCCGCUUCCCGGCAAAUCCCAGCCUCUCCUCCUCCUCCUCCUCCUCCUGCUGCUGCUGCUGGCGGUGUCACCCCAGGGCCACCACCCGAGUCCCCCCGCAUGGUGCGCCCCGAUCCCCCCGGGAAGCCUCGGCGGCGUUAAGAUGGUGAGAGCUGCCCGGGCCGGGCCGGGCGGGGAGCAGCGGGAUGGACACCGGCCCGGCCGCCCCGGGCGCGUAGGGAACGAUGGACUCGCGGAGCCGCCGGGAUGCGCAGCGCACGGAGCGGCCCGGCAGCGGCACCGGCAGCACCGGCACCGGCAGCGGCAGUGCUGAGGGAGAGAGGGAGCGCAUCCGCGGCCGCAUGAGGAUGGUGAUCGGGCAGCUCGAGGGCAUCCUGCGGGAGCUCAAGGAGGUGGCCAAGGAGCUCCGUGAGGUCGUGUCCCAGAUUGACCGCCUGACAUCGGACUUCGCGCUGGACCUGGAGCCGGACGCUUGGACUCCGGCCACAGCCAGCAGCACGUCCAGCAGUGACCGGGGCGGCGCCAGCCUUGAGCUUGGGCCUCUGGACUUCGCUGCCUCCGACGUCCUCUCGGACAGCUGGGAAUUCUGCUCCUUCCUGGACGCCUCCACGCCCUCGGACCCCGGCGAUUGCCCGGAGCCUCCACGGCCGCCGCCGGCCCAGCUGAUGAACGGGGGGGUCCCCGUGGCCAACGGUCCCCGUGGGGGCGGGGGGACCCCAGAUUCCUCCAGUGAGGAAUGUUUUGGGAGCACCACCGUUCCCAAAAUCCCGGCGCAGCGGCCGGCGGGGACGCGGGAGCGCGUCCGCUUCAGCGAUAAGGUGCUCUACCACGCCCUGUGCUGCGAUGACGAUGGUGAUGACGAUGCCAGCACUGUCAUUCCUGAUGAUCCUGCCAGGAAAGGGCCUCGGGAACAGCUCCUGAGGAAUCCAGGCACGAUCCCGAUCCGCAGGGCCAUGAGGAACAGCAGCACCCAGACCGUGGCCGAUAAGAGCACGCAGACGUUGCUGCCGUACGUCCCGGCCAGGCAGAGAAUUCCCAACAAAAACUGAGCCUGGAUCCGGGUUUGGGAAGGGUUUGGGGGAGGGGAAAAUCCCUGGGAAAGGGGUUGGAAAAGAUCUAUAUAUAAAUAUAAAUACAAAUAUAAAUAUAAAUAUAUAUUUCAAUAAAUCCGUACUCCUCAUAAACGCCGAGU